AUGCAGCCGGCAAUGAUGAUGUUUUCCAGUAAAUACUGGGCAAGGAGAGGGUUUUCACUGGAUUCAGCGGUACCCGAAGAGCAUCAGCUCCUUGGCAGCUUAACUGUUUCUACCUUCUUGAAGCUAAAUAAAGCUAACUCUGGCAAAAAAGAUGAUAAAAAAGGCAGCAAGGGAAACAGCAAAAGUGAAACCAGUCCCGAAGGUGGCAAGACGGCUGUUGUAUUCUCACUGAAAAACGAAGUUGGCGGAUUGGUCAAAGUGCUGAACCUCUUCCAGGAAAAACAUGUCAACAUGGUUCAUAUUGAGUCCAGGAAAUCCCGGCGAAGAAGUUCAGAGGUUGAAAUCUUCGUGGACUGCGAGUGUGGCAAAACCGAAUUCAACGAGCUCAUUCAGUUGCUGAAAUUUCAAACUACAAUUGUGACGCUGAAUCCGCCGGAGAACAUUUGGACGGAGGAAGAAGAACUAGAGGAUGUGCCCUGGUUCCCCCGGAAGAUCUCUGAAUUAGACAGAUGCUCUCACAGAGUUCUCAUGUACGGUUCUGAGCUGGAUGCCGACCACCCAGGAUUUAAGGACAAUGUCUAUCGACAGAGAAGAAAGUAUUUUGUGGAUGUGGCCAUGGGUUAUAAAUACGGCCAGCCCAUCCCCAGGGUGGAGUACACAGAGGAAGAAACGAAGACGUGGGGCGUCGUGUUCCGCGAGCUCUCCAAGCUCUACCCCACUCAUGCUUGCCGGGAGUAUUUGAAAAACUUCCCUCUGCUGACUAAAUACUGUGGCUACAGGGAGGACAAUGUGCCUCAACUCCAAGAUGUCUCCGUAUUUCUGAAAGAAAGAUCGGGCUUCACUGUGAGGCCGGUGGCUGGAUACCUGAGUCCGCGAGACUUUCUGGCGGGACUGGCCUACAGGGUGUUCCACUGUACCCAGUACGUCCGGCAUGGCUCGGACCCCCUCUACACCCCGGAACCAGACACAUGUCACGAACUCCUGGGACAUGUUCCACUACUUGCGGAUCCUAAGUUUGCUCAGUUUUCACAAGAAAUAGGCCUGGCCUCUCUGGGAGCAUCUGAUGAAGAUGUUCAGAAACUAGCCACUUGCUAUUUUUUCACAAUCGAGUUUGGCCUUUGCAAGCAAGAAGGGCAGCUGCGGGCAUAUGGAGCAGGACUCCUUUCCUCCAUUGGAGAAUUAAAGCAUGCUCUUUCUGACAAGGCAUGUGUGAAAGCCUUUGACCCAAAGACAACUUGCUUACAGGAAUGCCUUAUCACCACUUUCCAGGAAGCCUACUUUGUUUCAGAAAGUUUUGAAGAAGCCAAAGAAAAGAUGAGGGACUUUGCAAAGUCAAUUACCCGUCCCUUCUCCGUGUACUUCAAUCCCUACACACAGAGUAUUGAAAUUCUGAAAGACACCCGAAGUAUUGAAAAUGUGGUGCAGGACCUUCGCAGUGAUUUGAACACAGUGUGUGAUGCCUUGAACAAAAUGAACCAGUAUCUGGGGAUUUGAUGCCUGGAACCAGUGUCGUUGCCAGCGUGAUCUUUUGGGGGCUUAGCAGCAAUUCAGUCAAUGUCAUGUAACACUGAUAACUUUCUGUGUUGUGUCAUGGCUUGGCUAGUAAGCAUGCAAUUCUGUAUAUCUCUAUCUAUGUGUAAUUUACUGUGUUAAUGUGUGAAACACCAUAAGGAACCCAGUGACUACAGAUAACCACUCAUUGUUUGAUAUGUAACCUGUUUAAACGUCUUCAAUAGAUUUGACCUUUCCUGCUUGGUGUCCUUAACCAAACUGCAGCUCUUUAAAAUUUGUUACAAAUAGCCCUCUUCUGAUUCUAGCUUAUUACUUUUUCCUUCUUAGAUCUGAGCUUUUCCCCAUGUUCAUUAGAUAAAAUGAAAAUAGCAGUGAAACUGUUUCUAUAGCCCCAGUGUUUCCACAGCAUUAUUUGAGAUAAACCCAGAAUUGUGUGAAACCUCC